AAUCCUGGCGCGUGUGUGGGAUUUCUCAACUUUCUGUAUUUGUCUCCUCUUCCCUCUUGGAUGUAAAGCAUAAGAGCGGAAAACCCCACUGAUCUCCAUUUGGAUAUCUCAUUUGCCCAAGAACCUCCUGUGGCUGUGUACACUGCGCGUUCAGCAUGGAACUUCAUAGAUUUUUCAUUCUCUUGCUUUCACUGACAGGUAGUUCAGCGCGAGGAGUUGAAACGCACGGAUUGUCGUACGCUUACACGCCAGAACUCUCGGAGGACGCGAUACUGGUGGCAAACAACGGCAUACACGUGCCUUUCGGGAGAUCUGUUUACAUCGAUCCGAUCAACGACUUGGUCAUUGAAGUUCAGCCUGGAGACAGGUGCAUUAUGACCGUUCUGGAUAAUGAUCCGCUGUCUCAGAGACCGGGACAUGUGUCUCCUAAAAAAAUCCCGUGUGAAUUUGGUCCUAACGAUGUGAGAUACUCUCAUUUCGGUUCUAGGAGCCCUGCGAGUGACAGGGUGAAGCUGCAACUCAGGUAUGACACUCAGACUGAAACUAUUAUAAUCCCCUUUAUGCUAGAGGUGGAGGUUGUUUUCACACAAUUGGAGAUUGUUACUAAGAACAUGCCUCUUAAUGUUGAUAAACUGCGUGGGACUAGUAAUCCAAUCGGCAGAAAGGUUUUAGACUUCACCUAUGAUAAAACCUCAGAACAAUGUGAGGUAACAUCACUGGCAGCCAGCAGUGCGCUUCCUAGAUAUGGUAAAGUUGUUGAUGAGAGCAAACUGGAGAAAAUGAUGGAUUGUGAUCUGUUUCUCAAAUCAGAUAUCCGCUAUGAGCACACAUCUACCCACAAGUCCCCUAAUAAGGAUUACAUCCCAAUGGUUGUGGAGCUACGGAGCAAAGAAAAUAAUUUACUGAAACAAGAGUUUUUCCAUGUGAUGAUUCGGAUAAAAGAGGGUGAAGAAAACACUCCCCCCAGACCGAGUUUUGUGGCUAUGAUGAUGAUGGAAGUUGAUCAGUUUGUUAUGACGGCUUUAACUCCUGAUAUGUUGGCUGCAGAGGAUACAGAAUCCAAUCCUGAUGAUCUCAUUUUCAACAUCACUUCUCCUCUGUCCUUUGAGGAGGGCUAUAUUGUGAGUACAGAUGAUAGGAAUUUACCUAUCACAUCCUUUUAUCAAAGGGAUCUCAAAGAUCUGAAAAUAGCAUACAAACCUCCCUCUUUGGACUCGGCUACCGAGAGGAUCUUUCAAAUAGAGUUUGAGGUCAUAGACACAGAUGGUGGCAUUUCAGAUCCUUUUGCAUUCAUGAUUGUUGUGAAGCCCAUGAAUACAUUAGCGCCAGUAGUCACUAAGAAUACUGGCCAGCUUUUAUAUGAAGGCCAGUCUAGGUCUUUGUUUACUCAGAACAAUUUAGAAAUAAGUGAUGAAGACAACCUGGACAGUGUGAGGAUAACGGUGGUUGAUGGACUGCGUCACGGUCACUUAACUGUUCUAGGCACCAACAAGAAGUAUUUUACGCCAGCUGAUCUGGAGGUCGGCAUUGUGGUUUACCAGCAUGAUGGCAGUGACACAUACAGUGAUAAUAUAAUAUUCAGAAUGUCAGAUGGCAAGAAUGAAGUUGAGUUUUUGUUCCCCAUCACAAUUGUACCCACAGAUGAUGAGCCACCCAUCAUAAAUGCAAACACUGGGCUGAUUUUAUUCAAAAAUCAGAUGGUGCCCAUCUCACAGCUCAUGCUCAGUGCAGCAGACAUCGACUCUGAAGAUUCCAGCAUUCAAUUUACAAUCGAGCCUCCAUUUUCUGCUAUUGGCGAGGUCGUGGUGAGGCAAUCUGAAGCACCCGAGGACCCAUCCUCCUGGAAAUUUAAUGCAGAAGAUGGUGUGUAUGAGAAAGUUGUGACACAGUGGCUCCAGAAAGAUAUUACAGAUGAAAAGCUCUUCUAUAGGCACAUAGGUCCACACAUCACAGAGGCAGUUACUGAUCAGUUCGUUUUUAGAGUACAAGAUGAUGCCGAUCCUCCCAACCAAUCUGGUGAGAAUUCAUUCAUUAUUAAAAUUUUACCUAUUGAUGAUAUUCCACCCGUGCUGUUCCCAGGCACUACUUUGCAGAUGACAGUACAUGAGUACCAGCUGACUCAUUUCAACAAGAAUGUUCUUCGUUAUACUGACUUGGACUCUGAAGACCGUGACCUGAAGUAUACAAUAACUCAACCGCCAACUGACACAGAUGAGAAUAAUCCCAUUAAAUUUGGGUCUAUUGUUUUGACUGACAGCCCCGAUACUGACGUAACAGAAUUUACCCAAGCGCAAAUGAACCAUCAUAAGAUUUCCUACAGCCCACUAGACCUUGAGCUUGGCAUCACACCUCAUGUGGUGCAGUUCCAUUUCACAGUAGAGGACACUGCUGGAAACAGUGCUAAUGGAGUUUUUACAAUUUUCCUGCAGCCUGUGAACAACAAACCCCCACAGAUAAUGAACACUGGAUUCACAAUCCUUGAGAGAAGGGUGCAUGUCAUCACGAGUGCUGAACUCGACGCAAAUGACCUUGACACUGACAGUAAGCAAAUUUCAUUCACGCUAAGUCAAACUCCACAGCACGGACUUGUUCAGCAUACGUUUACUGACUUGAAAAAAGGAAGCAGUUUCAAUUUGAUGGAUAUCUCUGAUGGCAAAGUGUCAUAUAUCCACAAUGGGGAUGAAACAACAAGUGACUCUUUUAAAUUGGAUGUUAGUGACGGUGUUCAUGUUGUAACAAUCACUGUGAAGGUAGCGGUAAAGCUUAUUGAUGAUGAGACACCAAUGCUCAGCCUCACAAAGGGCACCUUUGGCUCUCGCUUGGAUGUGCUGGAAAAUGGUGCCACAGAAAUUACCACCAGUGUUAUCCAGGGAAAAGAUGAAGACACUGAUGACCUGAGGUUGACGUUCAUUGUGGAAGAAGCCCCUAAGUUUGGAGAAAUUCUGGUGAGUGGAGUUUCCUCAAGCAGAUUCACCCAAGCUGAUAUCAUCAGUGGUCUGGUUGUGUAUGCUCACACCAGCGGUGAGAUUGGUCUCACUUCGAUAGAAGACUUUUUCAACCUGACCCUCUCUGACAUGUCUGAUGAGUGGACUGUAGGGGGUAACCAAGUAAAUGGAGUCAGUGUUCACAUCACCAUUCUGCCUGUAGAUAACCAGACUCCAGUGGUCACAGUUGGCCCUACCUUUACCGUCUUUGAGGGGGAUAAAAACACAAUUGGUAGGCAUCAUAUUAUGGUUGAAGAUGCAGACACACCAAUUGAGGACAUCCUGUGCACCAUCAUUGUUCAGCCUACAUCAGGAUAUGUGGAGAACAUCUCUCCAGCACCAGGCUCUGAAAAGUCAAGGUCGGGAACGGCAGUAAGUGCUUUUACCAUCAGAGAUGUGAAUGAAGGUCAUAUCCAUUAUGUCCAAAGCAUACAUAAAGGAGUUGAGCCAGUGGAGGACAAGUUCACAUUUAGAUGUUCAGAUGGUGUGAAUUUCUCAGAGAGACAGUUCUUUCCGAUUAUAAUUAUUCCCACCAAUGAUGAAAAACCGGAGAUCUUUAUGCGAGAGUUUGUUGUAAUGGAGGGCAUGAAUGUUAUCAUUGACAUGCCACUCUUGAAUGGAGUCGAUGCUGAUGUUCCUGCAGAAGAAUUGACGUUUAUCAUCACCAAACCCCCAAAUCAUGGGUUCAUUCUCAAUCAGCUUGCAAGUGGCUCUGUCCCAAUCACAAAUUUCACUGUGGAGCAAAUCAAAGAAGCUUCUAGCAUAAUUUAUGAGCAUGAUGAUUCUGAAACCACUGAAGACAAGUUUGACGUUCUUCUUACAGAUGGGAAACAUUCAGCUGAGGCCACCAUCAUGAUCAUGAUUAUCCCUGUGGAUGAUGAAACACCAAGGCUUGCCAUUAAUGAUGGGCUUGACAUCGAGAUUGGUGAGACAAAACAGAUAAACAGUAAAGUACUAAAAGCUACUGAUCUGGACUCAGAUGAUGAGUCUCUUACUUUCAUCAUUCGCUAUGGCCCCGGUCAGGGCUUCCUUCAUAGAAGAUCAGCAGGAUAUGUGGAGAAAAGAUCUGCUGGGUCUCUAGAGAACAUAACAGUUGGCAUGAACUUUACACAAAACGAGGUGAACAAGGGUCUCAUUUUGUACACUCACAAUGGACAGGAAGGCAUUCGAGACCUUAUAAAGUUUGAUGUAACAGAUGGCAUAAAUCCUCUAAUUGACAGAUACUUCUAUAUUACUGUGGGCAGCAUUGACAUGGUGUUUCCUGAUGUCAUCAGCAAAGGGGUGUCUCUUAAAGAAGGUGGCAAAGUGACACUCACAACGAACCUCCUCAGCACUAGUGAUCUCAACAGCCCUGAUGAGAACUUAGUCUUCACCAUCACAAGAGCCCCGGUGAGAGGGCAUUUGGAAAGCACAGAUUCGCCAGCCAUGCCUAUUGUGUCCUUUACCCAAUUACAGCUGGCCGGAAGCAAGAUCUACUACAUUCAUACUGCCGAAGAUGAAGUCAAGAUGGACAGCUUUGAGUUUGAGGUGACCGAUGGCUACAACCCUGUGUUCCGCACGUUCCGUGUUUCGAUUGUUGAUGUUGACAAUAAAAAGCCGGUACUGACCAUUCAUGACCUUCAAGUGACCGAGGGACAGACCAAACUCAUUACGCCCUUUGAGUUGACCGUUGAGGACCAAGACACAGCUGAGCACCUUCUCAAGUUUACAGUCAUCCAGCUACCCAUUCAUGGCAAACUGCUUUUCAAUAACGGUCGACAGGUGACUUCGUUCACAAAGCAGGACCUGAAUGAGAAUAUGAUCAGCUACAAGCAUGAUGGCACAAAGUCGGACAAGGACAGCUUUUCUUUUACAGUCACUGAUGGCACCCAUUCCGAUUUUUUUGUCUUUCCUGAUACCAUUUUUGAGACCCAAAGGCCUCAGACCAUGAAGAUUACCAUUGUAUCAGUGGACAACGGUGUGCCACAGAUUGUGGUUAACAAAGGUGCACCGACUUUAAAGGUCUUGUCCGCAGGUCACUUAGGUUAUCAGAUCACAAGCAAAGUCCUGAAGGCAGUGGACCGAGACAGCAGCCCUGAGGCUUUGGUUUUUCACAUUACAACACAGCCAGAGCAAGGCUACCUGAACAGCCUGGACCGAGGGAAUGACUCAAUCAACACCUUCACACAAGCUGACAUAGAUGAUCUUAAGAUCUGCUAUAUCCUAAAGGACGAGAACAAUGCCACCAGUGACGUCUUUAGUUUCACCGUGGAGGACAAUGGAGGGAACAAACUGAAGAACCAGCAGUUUCGUCUGAACUGGGCUUGGAUUUCUCUGGAGAAACCGAACUAUGUGGUGGAUGAGCAGGACAAAGUUCUCGAGGUGAUCCUAAGACGUAGAGGUUUUCUAGGUGAAACGUCUUUUGUUGGGAUUGGUGCUUUGGAUGGCAGUGCCGAGAAGGAGAAGGAUUUCCUGGGAAAAUCGCAGAAGCAGGUGCAGUUUAACCCCGGCCAGACCACAGCCACGUGGAAAGUGAGGCUUCUCUCUGAUGCGAAAUACGAGCAGUCCGAGACGUUCCAGAUUAUCCUGACUGAGCCAGUGAUGGCUGUUUUGGAGUCACCAGCAAUAGCCACUGUUGAGAUUGUGGAUCCAGGUGAUGGCUCCGCCACAGGAACCAUCCCCACUUCUGUUCUGUCCUACUCUGACUACAUCUCCCGUCCAGAGGAACAGGCCAGCAUUCUGCGCUUUGAUAAGGACGAGACGGAGAAGCACUGUCGUGUGGUGAUCAUUGACGACUCGCUGUAUGAGGGAGAGGAGAGCUUCAACGUGACCCUCAGUAUGCCUAUGGGAGGAUGUCUGGGGCCAGAAUACUCCACUGUGCUUAUCCGCAUACUGCCAGACCAGGACGACGCUCCUGUGUUCAAUUUUGGCAAUCAGGAGUAUAACGUCGAUGAGAACGACAGCCACGUUGAAGUCCGUGUGUGGAGGACAGGGACAGAUCUUUCUAAAAAAGCUAUGGUCACUGUGAGGUCCUGCAAAACAGACCCAGUUUCUGCUGAAGCGGGGGUGGACUAUGUGGGAAUCAGCAGAAACUUGGAGUUUGCACCGGGUGUGAGCAUGCAGACGGUCCGGGUCACCAUCCUGGAUGACCUAGGCCAGCCUGUUCUGGAAGGGACAGAAAGAUUUGAGCUUAUUCUCCAGAUGCCCUCCAAUGGAAUUCUGGGAGAGCCAGCGAAAGUCACGAUCUUUAUCAGCGACUCCAUUUCAGACUUGCCAAAAGUGCAGUUUAAACAGACUGUGAUGACUGCAGAGGAGAGUGAAGGUCACAUCACUGCAAUGGUACAACGCAGCGGAGACAUCAGACACAAGUCCACUGUACGCUGCUACACCCGGCAGGGCUCUGCACAGGUGGUGUUCGACUUUGACGAGAGACCCAACACUGACACGUCCAUCAUAGCUUUCUUGCCCGGUGAGUCUGAAAAACCAUGUGUGCUGAAGCUGGUGGAUGAUUUGAUUCAUGAGGAGGAGGAGGAACUGAGGCUGGUUCUGGGGAGCGCGAAGAGCGACUCGCCGUACGGAGCAUCCAUAGGCAACCAGAAUGAAACGCUCAUCAAGAUCAAGGACAACACUGACAAGCCCAUCAUCAAGUUUGCCGAGACAAAGUUCAGUGUUAGUGAGCCAAAAGAGUCGGGGCAGAUGACAUUGGUGAAGAUCCCUAUCCACAGGACAGGAGACGUUUCGAAAGUAUCCCUGGUGAGGGUGCACACGAAAGACGGCUCUGCCAUAUCUGGAGAAGACUACCAUCCCAUCUCCCUCGAUGUUGAGUUUAAAGCUGGUGAGAUCGAGCAUGUAGUGGAAGUGGAGGUUUUGUUUGAUGGCGUAAGAGAGAUGAGAGAGGCCUUCACUGUCCAUCUGAAACCAGACGAGAACAUGGUUGCUGAAAUCCAGAUGACUAAAGCCAUAGUGUACAUUGAAGAGACCAAUAGUAUGGCUGAUGUCACGUUCCCUUCACUGCCUCAUGUUGUGUCACUGCUGCAUUACGAUGUUGUCAGACGAACCAAAGAAAUUGCUCACCCACCCGCUGGAUACCCUGUCGUCUGCGUCACGGCUUGCAAUCCCAAAUAUCCCGACCAUGACAAAACAGGCUCCAUCUGCAUUAGCGAACGCAUCAACGAUACACUGACUCGUUACCGAUGGCUCAUUAGCGCCCCCAGUGGUCCGGAUGGCGUCACCAACCCCAUGAGAGAGGCUGACUUUGAUACAUUCUUUACUUCCUCCAAGAUGAUCACCCUAGACUCCAUUUACUUCCAAGCGGGUUCUAGAGUGCAGUGCGCAGCCCGUGCCGUGAAUUCUAACGGGGAUGAGGGGCUGGAACUGAGCAGCCCCAUUGUGUCUAUUAGCAUGGAAGAAGGGAUGUGCCAGCCACGUAAAUUGGGCACAGUAGGUGCUGAGCCCUUUUCUGCCAAACUGCAUUAUACAGGCGCUGAAGACCCUGAAUAUGCCAAUCUCGUCAAGCUUACUGUCAGCAUGCCCCACAUAGACGGCAUGCUCCCUGUGGUCUCCACUCGUGCACUGUCCAAUUUUGAGCUGACUCUGAGCCCCGAUGGCACUCGCGUGGGAAACCACAGGUGCUCCAAUCUGCUGGACUUUAAUGAGGUGUCCACACGCCAUGGAUUUCUAACCAAGGCCAGCCGGAAUAUAGAGAGCAUCGGAGAGACUCUGCCGUAUCAGUACAGCCCCGUCCUCAGAGGCCAGAGCACUCUACGCUUUUACAGGAACCUGAACUUGGAGGCCUGUCUGUGGGAGUUUGUGAGUUAUUAUGACAUGUCUGAGCUGCUCACAGACUGCGGGGGAACGAUCGGAACAGAUGGGCAGGUGCUGAACCUGGUGCAGUCAUACGUGACCCUGCGAGUUCCUCUCCACGUCUCUUACGUGUUUCAUUCCCCUGUGGGAGCUGGAGGCUGGCAACACUUCGACCUGCAUUCUGAACUGCGGCUCACCUUUGUGUAUGACACUGCCAUCUUGUGGAGGGACGGAGUCGGCAGCCCUCCACAGGCAGAACUGCAAGGAGCUUUAUAUCCAACCAGCAUGAGGAUCAAUGAGCAGGGGAGGCUUGUGGUGAACUUCCGCACAGAGGCUCGCUUCAGGGGGUUGUUUGUAGUGGCACAUUCUGCAGCGAAUUUGAGGGGUCAGAAGACUGCAGCAUCCCCUGUGAAGUCCAUUGUAUUGAGUGCAGACCACCCAGGCUUGACCUUCAACCUCACUCUGGUUAGGACUGAGCUGACCUACAGCCAGCCUGUCCAGCAAUGGAUGUUCAUUUCAGACUUUGCAGUUCGAGAUUAUUCAGGCACAUACACAGUGAAGCUGAUCCCCUGUACAGCAGCGCUGAAUGUGGAGUACACUGUUCCUCCGGUCUGCAACCCUAGAGAGCCAGUUACUUUUGAUCUUGAUAUCCGCUUUCAGCAGGUGAGUGACCCUGUCGCGGUGGAGUUCAGUCUGAACACACAGAUGUUCUUGUUGUCUAAGAAGGCGUUGUGGUUGUCAGAUGGAUCUAUGGGCUUCAGUCAAGAGAGUGAUGCGGCUUUCUCUGAGGGUGACACAAUCUAUGGACGGGUGAUGGUGGACCCUGUGCAGAACUUGGGUGGCUCUUUCUACUGUAACAUUGAGAAGGUGUAUCUGUGCACCGGCGCUGAUGGAUAUGUUCCUAAAUACAACCCCGCCAAGUCUGAGUUUGGAUGCCUUGCAGACUCUCCAUCUGUGCUGUACAGAUUCAAAAUUAUUGACAAAGCCCAGCCAGAGACCCAGGCCAAGAGUUUUGGGGACGUGAGUUUCAAGGCCCUGCUGGCUGUAGAUGACCCCUCUGCCCUCUCUCUGGUGAAGCAGCCAGGAUCUGACGGAUUCAGAUUGGAUUCUACUCCUCUUUUCCAGGUGGCAGUAGGAAGGGAGUGGUUCAUUCACACCAUCUACACUGUGCGUUCAAAAGACAACGCCAAGCGUGGCAUUGGCAAGCGAAGUGUAGAGUACCACUCAAUAACAUCAGGUGACCUUGUACCAGCGGAGGCCAGAGGACGCUCCAGACGGUCCAACAGAGAAGUCCCGGUCCUGGCGGAGGAGAUCGGACCCGAGAACAACCGAGGAACGAAUAUCAUGCACAUCGCUCUGGACCGCAGCCGUCGGCGCUCUGCGUCUGGGGAGGAGCUGUUCGCAGACGGACUGUCUCCACGGGAGCUCAGUGGACGAGGUGCGGAAGAGGACGCUGUGACUGUGGCAGGAGCCAUCGUGGGACUGCUUCUCACCGUCCUCGUGGUUAUAGUGUUGGCACUGAUGGUUCACUCAAGGUGGAUGCCCGUGAAAAAGGCCCCAAGAGUCUCGUCCAGCCUGCAGCCUGUUAUAGUUAGAAGUAGCCUUGAUAAUGGUGACAGCUCAGAGGUCUGAAGGACUAAUGGACUACUCGGAGAUCCUACUGUUCUCCUUUGUCAUACAUGGGAUCAAUUUGUUUUGUUUGUUUUAAACAAGUGCCUCUGACAGGUUUUAUUUUACGGAGAACUCGCGACCCAGUUCAUCACCAGCCCAAAGAAAUCAUUUUAAAUUACGUUUUAUGUUGUAACUCUGAAUUUUUGCUUGUCUAAUAAUGGAUUAAGGUUUACCCAGUGUUCAGAGUUCUCAGGGGUCCCAAUAGUGCCCUACCCACUUUUUUGGAAGUAGACUAGAAUGUGAGAAAAGAAAGAAAGAAAAAUGUAUCCUUUAAAUAUUAAUCAUUUUAAUAUUCUUUUAUGCCAGUGGAUAUAUU